CUGCGAUUCUUUGAGAUUUCCAACGACAUAUGUAGUGCUAAAAGUGUUAGUUGAUCGUCCCAUCGCCAAUCAUCCAACCCACCUAACAAAAAGAAAGGAAGAGACAGGAAAUAAAAGAUAUAAAAAAUGAAUCGUUUCGUCACAGAGGUGACAACCCAGUUCAACCCCUUCGCCACCAGCGCAAGGGCGGCGCGCCUUUUCCUGGCCUACCUGCCACCCAAUGCACGCGCCUCUGGCAUGAACAUCAAAACCAGCCUGCUACCAAAGACUUCGACGCAGCCGCCAAAACUGCAGGUCAAGUUUAAGGACGGCACCCAAAUGGACCUCGACUGCCAAAAGCUGGGCAUCAAGGGAGUUCUCGAAGAAGUCAACCGCCAUGUACGACAACUCGAAAAGGCAGACUCGCUCUCGAGCUGAUUACGAUAUCAUAAACACGAUACCCAAUACAUCUUCUGAAUAAACCAUCACGCGCGAGUCUCGAGCCUCGGGGAGUUUUACAGCUGCUUGCCUACGCCCUCAAUCGACAUCUGUACAACACCUUGUAAAAACACAACCAAGAUACGAGCAUAAAGUGUCAAGACACACCGAUCGAAUCAUGCUCGACUUGUGGGGGAUGCUGUGGCGUGUUUUUGCCCAAGAGAAUGAACUACAUAAUGCAGGGACCCGAUCUAAUCCUUGAGCGUACCUGGAUGCGACGGCUCCCAUCACAAUUUAGGAAAAAAAAAGAUAUUGAUGCUUAUUUUAUUUUUCUAUCGCGUCGAUCAUCAACAUGCCAUAUCCUGAUCGUUCGUC